GGCAGGUACUGGGCCGAAUGGCAUCAAGAUAUCUCGACAUCCUCAAUCUCGCAGUUCUUCGAGGCUCGAGUAAGCCCUCGAACGACAGAUCGCCUCCUCGAGUCCCCUGAUCGUCUUCGGAACCUGGCUUUCUCAUCCCCAAGGGUCGUCUGCCGAUCUCGUUGAUCCCCUGCCCUUUCAUCUUGCAUCAUCCAUCAGUCACAUUCCUCUGCCACCCCUGCUCACUGUAUCAUUCCAAGGUUCAUCUUGAGCCGAGAUCACCACCCAGCUGGUUGCCCAGAUCGUCGACAACUGGCACGCACGAUCUCAACUCGAAACAGCAUCCUUGACAACGCCACCAAGGCUGGUAUUGACUCACCGCCGUUCUUGCCCCGAGUCUCAACGUGCCUCGCCCAUCUUCAGCCGUGUUUUGGAUCAGCGAGUCCCUUUCUGUGGCUCAACACACCCAGCCAUGGUCCUCGCUCUACACAUAUGGGGUCCAGCCUAUGGCGAAGCCUCGAUCGAUCCAGACUGCUUGGCUGCAGCGGAAUUGUUUCGCCAUGUACUCCCACGUGAUGCCUGGGUCCUCGUAGCCAGCAAUGACGCCGCUCCUGAAUCACAUCAUACGCUGCCGGCUUUGGUGGAUGACGAAGGCACAUGGACUUCUGGGUACACAAACAUAGUCCAAUACCUCGCAAAUCAUGGCCUGUCCAGCAUCGACAGUGACCUGACGCCACUUCAGACUGCAGACGCAGCAGCAUGCACCGCGUACCUUUCCACACGAGGAUCAGCCCUCCUCGCCCUGGCACUCUAUGUGUCACAUUCGGCUUGGGUUGGCAUGACCCGCCCAGCGUACUCACAGCUCCUGCCCUUUCCCCUAACCUGGACGAUACCGCCGUCCAUACGCACCGCAGCCAUUGAAAAGGUCGAACACUUAGGCUUGGGGCACCUGGCCGCCAGCGUGGACGACCUUGAUGAUCCGUCACUAUCGAGUGGUAGCGGUGCCACCACCACGCCUACCGGCUUUCUUCAGCUUCCCGCUCGCUUCGGCCCCAGUAAGACGCUGCAGCCCGAGCAAACCGCCGCGAUUAGGCUGCAGAGCUUAGCCGAUGACUUCUUCGGCGUGGUUCAGGACUACGGAGCUGGCGGCGGCGGUCGCGCAGGCGGCAACAAGUUCCUCUUUGACCGUGAUGAGCCUUCAUCGACCGACUUUUUAAUAUUCGCAUAUCUCAAGCUCAUGCGCGUGCAGACUCCUCAACCGUUUCUGCGGAACGCGCUGCAGAAGUCAUUUCCCGGGCUGUGGUCAUUCUCUGAUCCGCCACACCUUGGCCAGUUUUCAAAACAACAACCAGUAUCACCGCCCGAAGAGAGCGCUGCCACCGCCCAAGACUCUCCAUCGUCUUUGCCGCCGUUUCCCUGGCAAGAACCCAGACCCCGCGGCCUAGCCGCCAUCCUUGGCAGAUUCGCAGACACCGCAAUCGGGCAUAUCCCAUCCGUCGGCCCGGGCUGGACACGCUUCCGCUACAUGCAGCAAUCUUCACAAGACCCGGCAAGCGCGCUGCAAGCCGCCUUCACAAUCGGUGCGACAGGGACAGCCGCCGUCGCGGUCGGCGCUCUGGCUCUGUUCAUCAGGAAUCUCGCCCCGCUGGGCGCGGCAGUACAUUCAUUCGAUGCGAGCACGUACCCUGUCCCUGCCUCCGAGCAACAGGAUGCUGUUGAUGGAGGAGAGGGUGCGAAGGGAGGCUUCCACAGAUUCGGGAGCGACCUGGGCGCCAUGCUGAACCAUCUCCCUGACUUUGGCCCGACGGGCAAGGUCAUCCCUUCCAUGGCGGCGGGGACCACAGAUAAGGUCUACGACAACGCGGUUGUCGAGGUUGAUGUUGACGUGGAGCCUGUGCCUUUAUUAUCUGCGCGUGCAGGCUCAGUCGGUGUGGGGAUGUAACAGAGUUUAAUGUGAAGCAUAUCGUUCUGAGGCCCUUGCUGCAUCGUGUGUGC